AUGGCGCUAUCCAUGGGAGCGGGUAUUGGUACUUCUCUAAUUCUGGAAACGGCGCUCCUCCAUUUUGGGCGGGACAAAUUGCCCGUAUCAGCGUCGAUCAGGACAGCGGCGGGGAUGAGUUUCAUUUCAAUGGUAGCCAUGGAACUGGUCGAAAACCUGAUAGACUACAAUCUCACCGGUGGAAUUGUGGCACUACAUGAUCUGAGAUUUUGGACAGCCGCAGUCUUGUCCGCCAUCGGGGGAUUUCUCGCGCCGUUGCCUUAUAACUACUUCAAAUUGCGAAGAUUUGGCAAGUCAUGCCACUGA